AUGCCUGCAAGAAUCCGUCCCGUGGAAAAAAUUGCCAAAGCUACGGCCCAAUGCUCCGUCGAGGUUGCGGCAUACGGCAAGUGUGUCGUCACAGAUUACAAUUCAGUGCAUAAAGACAUGUGCGCUAAAGAGUUUCUGAGAUUGAAGAACUGCUAUUUGGUGAGUAGUCUAAUAAGUAUUUACAAAUCUCAGCUUACUGACGCGCUGUUAUAG